GUAAACAUUCAAAAUGGAGCAUGCUUCAGUUGUGUCGCCUGCUGUUGUCUUGAAUAUACCAGUAAUAGCAAAUAUGGUGUUGCAGAACCUAUCGGCAAAAUCACUCAACACGUGCUCCAGAGUCUGUAAAACCUGGAAUAUGAUUGCCAAAACACUAAAACAGAGAAGGAAGAGUAUGUCAUGUUACUUUGUGGGUUAUGGUGAAGAUGGGAGCCUAGAUGGACUAGCUGCUGACAUUAUGGCUGCAGUGCAGGAUCUGAUGACAGAACCCAGUACUCUGUUUAUGUACUGUACAUCACAGCUGUAUGAACAGCAAAUCUGUCUGCCCACACGUCACCAGAUGCGACACCCACGUGCCUCCAAGUGUAUGGUUAGCAGUGUUGGAGAUCUGAUGAAAAAGGUGCUGCCAAAGAAGUGUAAACUGCUGGCGGCCUCAUCUGAUGGCAUUGUGGGCACCAGUACAGAUCUGAAGAAGACAGCCGAGGUGGAGGGUGAACUGGCUCUGUCCUGUCUCUUCCUGCCUCAUGUGGAGGGUGUGGAAUUUUUCACUUUUAAUAUAGACAUAUACAACUAUGCAAAUCAGAUGGAUGAUACACACUCUGGUUUAGCAUAUCUAACAGAACGCAGCACUGUGCCUGGAGACAGGGAUGUCAAAGCCGUCUUUUUCUUCUGUGAUGAGCCAUUUUGUCCCCCAGAGAUUGGCUACUCAUUAUUACAAAUGUACGACAAUGCUGUGAUAGCUGGAGGCUAUGUAGAUAACCUCAUAACCUCUGACCCCAAUCCUCACGAUGAUGUCAGUGAAUCCGGAUCAGCGUCUCUGAUGUGUGUGGCACUGUGUGGACCUCAGGUUAGGGUGGCGUCCGUGUUGAUAAAGGAAGACAUCCAUAAACCUGAGGAAGUGGAGAAGAUACUUAAACAGCUAAAAGACUGUAACUUGCCUGAGGAGAGGAGUUAUGCCUUCAUGUUUGCCUGCCUUGGACGAGGCAGGGGUCACUAUGGCAGCGAAAAUGUGGAAUCAUCAGUCUUCAGGAAAAUGUUUCCAAAGACACCACUUCUUGGUUUCUUUGGCAAUGGGGAAAUUGGUUUUAACUUCCUAAAGAAAUAUCAGACAGAGGCUCCAGAAGCAAUGCCCGACAAUAGUCCAUCCAAUCCAUCUCACAGUAAUUCUGCCAGGAAUGGUGUUCCUAUUAUGGAAGGGAUGACAAAGCCCCUCCCUAAACUGUACCACGCAUACACCACCAUAAUCUGUAUGGUGUCUUUAGUAUGACACAAAACCAGACUACUAAGACUUAGCAUCACUUUUGAGCACUGUGACUGACACAAGUGGUGCUUAACUUCUGAGUACUGUGACUGGCACAAGUGGUGCUUAACUUGUAAGUACUGUGACUGACACAAGUGGUGCUUAACUUGUAAGUACUGUGACUGGCACAAGUGGUGCUUAACUUGUAAGUACUGUGACUGGCACAAGUGGUGCUUAACUUGUAAGUACUGUGACUGGCACAAGUGGUGCUUAACUUGUCAGUACUGUUACCAGAUCUGGUAGUGUUUGACCACAAAGUGUAUGUACAGUACUGUAACAGUAGUUUACAGUUCACUUUCCACAGACAAUAUUCAGCAGUGAUAAACCAAAAAGAGGCUUGAAAAGCUGAUGUAAUUGCAGCAGAGACAUAAUGGAACUUUGAUAGUAAUUUUGUUAUUAAAUAUCAUUGGUGUAGUAUCAAGGCAUCACUGUAACCAUUAUAAAUGGUGGGGCACUGGACUGCUUUACCAAAUAUCACUGGUGUGGUAACAAAGUAGUACUGUAAUGCUGUAACCAAUAUCACUGGUGUGGUAACAAAGUAGUACUGUAAUGCUGUACCAAAUAUCACUGGUGUGGUAACAAAGUAGUACUGUAAUGCUGUAACCAAUAUCAAUGGUAUGGUAACAGAGUGGCACUGGACUGCUGUACCAAAUAUCACUGGUGAAGUAACGAAGUGUCACUGUAAUACUGUAACCAAUAUCACUGGUGUGGUAACAAAGUGUCACUGUAAUACUGUAACCAAUAUCACUGGUGUGGUAACAAAGUGGCUCGAUAAUGCUGUAACCAAUAUCACUGGUGUGGUAACAAAGUGGCUCGAUAAUGCUGUACCAAAUAUCACUGGUGUGAUAACAGAGUGGCAUUGAAAUGCUGUAACCAAUAUCACUGGUGUGGUAACAAAGUGGCACUGUAAUGCUGUAACCAAUAUCACUGGUAUGGUAACAGAGUGGCAUUGUAAUGCUGUAACCAAUAUCACUGGUGUGGUAACAAAGUGUCACUGUAAUGCUGUAACCAAUAUCACUGGUAUGGUAACAAGUGGCAUUGGUAAUGCUGUAACCAAUAUCACUGGUAUGGUAACAGAGUGGCACUGUAAUGCUGUAACCAAUAUCACUGGUGUGGUAACAGAGUGACACUGUAAUGCUGUAACCAAUAUCACUGGUGUGGUAACAAAGUGGCUCGGUAAUGCUGUAACCAAUAUCACUGGUAUGGUAACAGAGUGGCUCGGUAAUGCUGUAACCAAUAUCACUGGUAUGGUAACAGAGUGGCACUGUAAUGCUGUAACCAAUAUCAAUGGUUUGGUAACAAAGUGACACUGUAAUGCUGUAACCAAUAUCACUGGUAUGGUAACAAAGUGGCACUGUAAUGCUGUAACCAAUAUCACUAGUGUGGUAACAAAGUGGUACUGUAAUGCUGUAACCAAUAUCACUGGUAUGGUAACAAAGUGGCUCAGUAAUGCUGUAACCAAUAUCAAUGGUAUGGUAACAAAGUGGCUCGGUAAUGCUGUAACCAAUAUCAAUGGUAUGGUAAUAAAGUGGCACUGUAAUGCUGUAACAAUUAAUGAUGUGGCACUGCAAUGCUGUAACCAAUAUUAAUGAUGUGGUACAAAGUGACACUGCCAUGCUGUAACCAAUAUUAAUGAUGUGGUACAAAGUGACACUGCCAUGCUGUAACCAAUAUUAAUGAUGUGGUACAAAGUGACACUGCCAUGCUGUAACCAAUAUUAAUGAUGUGGUACAAAGUGACACUGCCAUGCUGUAACCAAUAAGCUGGCCAGACAAUACACCUGGAAUAACAAAAGGUGCUGUAACAAAAGAUGUCCUGUUCCAUGAUCAGUGUGUAGAUUAUAUUCUGUGAAUUCUGCAAAUGUCCUGUAUUUGUACUAUCUAUGAUUCUGAUCUGACAUGGCUAUUUCCAGUUCUAUUUUGACGAGACAAACUUCUAAGCAUACAUACUAAAUAUUGUUGUAUAUUUAACAUGUAGGGUUUCUGCAUGUCAUUGGUACUUAACACUAGUUGUAUUUCCAUGUACUUUACAGUAAGAUAUUUAUUAUGUAUAGACAUAGGACUUUAUAACUAUUGUCCUUUAAGAAAUGUCAAAGUAAUGUUGACCCUAUUUACAUGUGAUUUCCAGGUUAAUGCAGUUGUUUUUGAUAUAUAAUGUAUAUAAAAGUAUUCUUUUUACAAAUCCAAUGUAAUAUUUUUCCACAAGUACUAGAUUGAUUAUUAAGUACAUGACGCUACAGAAGGGCCUUUCUGACUUUGAAAUAAACGUAACAUAUGAAUUA